AUGCCGACAAACAACGAGCUAAAAACCACCUGUGGUUCUGAUUUGGACCGUUUCAUUCAAAAACUUUCGGAGGAAACGAAUUUCAAUCAAUGUGUUGGGUUGAUGAAGCAAAUUGAACAACACUCAGUCUACUUGUCAGUUCCUCAGUUACUUAGUUUGAGCAAUGUUAUUGAUGAAGAUAGUUUGGGAUUGUUUAACCGUACUUGGGGAUCGCUUUCUUUUGCUUUGAUGAUCAAGAGCAAACUACAAAAACCAAUCGGUGAAGUGGCUGGUUUUCCAAUUGCUUCAAUUAUUGAUACAAUGGAAGCAAUUGGUAGUGGCAACUCGGGUAGAGUAUUGACAGCCAGUAUCAGCCACAACUCCAAAAUUGAAACUGUGGCUAUUAAAUUUUUGUCCAUUUAUUUGGAUCCUCUAGCAUCAAGUAGUUUGGAGAGUAGUGAAUCCCAAUCUGAAGAACAACAAGACGAACACUUGGAGGAAUUGUUGAUACUGUCAAAGUUGAAAAACAGUCCCUAUUGUGUGAACGUAAAGUGUAUAACCAUUGGAAGCGAUCGACGAAUUGGAUUAGGAAUGACUCGAUAUUGCAUGGAUUUACAUUCUUUCUUACUUCAGAAUUGUUUAAGCUUGCAUCAAUCGUUAAUCUUGUUUAAAAGAUGUGUAAAGUGUAUAGAAGCUUUGCACAACUAUGGAGCGAACGGAAUUAUUCACCACAAUAUCAAAGAUACGAAUUUUCUUAUUGGCCAACCAAACACAGACAACAAUGACAUGGAUGCUAUGAUUGCAAGCGUUGUAAUAGCUGACUUUGGAUUCGCAAAAGCACGGAUGAGGGAAACAAAACAACACAUGUCAGGUUUUUAUUCAUCCGUAGGUGGUGCUGCAGCCAAAAUGUUAAUGUACGCAGCUCCUGAGGUUAAAGAGUGUUUCAGAAAUGGUGGAGAGAUGGUUUACACAAAAAGCAGUGAUAUUUAUUCAUUAGGAGUGUUACUUGGUUUUAUAUAUACCAAACAAAGGCCGUACAACCUCACAACAGAAUUCCAAAUAUUAAGUUCCUCUUUGCCACCUUUUCAUUAUUGUAGAGAUGCAGUUGAACAGCAUUCCCUGGUAAAGAAGUUGUUUGACUGGUGCACCAGUCACUCAGCAAAUGAAAGACCGAUGAAUUGCCAGCAAAUACUCGAGGUUUUAGAAAGCGACGAACCACAAAAAGUGUUGCAAGAAAACAUCUGGUAUUGA